AUGGCGGCGCCCGUCCUGCCCUUGCAGCAGGUGAAGCUCGCCUCGCUGCCCUCCACCCGCCUCACGCCAGAACAGCAAUACUGGCGCACCUUUAAGAAUCCGCUUCUGAUCCCCUCGCCCGCCAAUGGACCGGUCAAUCUGAUUACGCAACCUUCCGCUCCUGCAUCUGCCGCCGCAUUUCCCUCCCUGACACAACCUCCGGACAUCUUUACCGUCACCACUGGCGCCCGAGUCCAGAUCUAUUCCAUUCGCACUCGCAAACUCCUGCGCUCUAUCACUCGCUUCGAUGAUACCGUUCGCGGCACUGAUGUUCGUCCGGAUGGUCGUGUCCUCGUCACUGGUGAUGACACCGGCUCCGUACAGGUGUUCGACGUCAACUCCCGCGCGAUUCUGAAGACAUGGAAGGACCACAAGCAGCCCGUCUGGGUGAGCAAGUUUUCGCCAAGUGACCCAACAUCCGUUUUCACUGCCAGUGAUGAUCGGACAGUCCGCCUGUGGGAUUUGCCCGCAGAGACUAGCGUUCGCACUUUCGUCGGCCACACCGAUUACGCCCGCAGCGGUGCCUUUAUGCCUGGUUCUAUGGCUUCUUCAGGCCUACUUGUCUCUGGUUCUUACGAUCGUACUGUCCGGAUCUGGGAUCCCCGUGUGGAAGGACGCGCUGCCAUGACCUUCAAGAUGGGUGCUCCCAUUGAAGACGUUCUGCCCAUGCCGGCAGGCACACAAGUUCUGGCCGCCGCCGACAACAAGAUCGCCGUACUGGAUAUCGUUGCUGGAAAGCCGCUGCACAUGAUUCAGAACCACCAAAAGACAGUUACAUCUCUUGCGCUGGCCUCGAACGGCGAGCGUUUGAUCAGUGGUGCGCUGGAUGGACACAUGAAGGUUUUCGAGACUACAGGAUGGAACACCGUCUCGGGCUCUAAAUACCCUUCGCCUAUCCUGUCCCUGAGUGUUAUCACUUCCGGUGUGGCGUACGAGGACAAGCAUAUCGCUGUCGGUAUGCAAUCCGGUCUUCUGUCGGUGAAGACCCGACUUUCUGGCCAGCAAAAGGUCAAGGAGCGUGAGCGCCGCAAGGAGAUGGACGCACUGCUCGAGGGAAAAUUGGAGGAGCACGACCGCCAAGUUGCGAAGAAGACUAAGGAGCGUGGCGCCGGAUGGGAGAAGCGACUACGUGGACGGGACUUCAUUGGCGAGGGAGUGGACAUUGUGUUUGAAGGCCAGGAUCGCAAGCGACGGAAGAAGGAACAACCCUGGGAGAAUGACCUCCGUAAGGGCCGAUAUGCCAUUGCACUAGACCAAGUCCUUUCAUCGACCGACAAGACCGCCCAACUUACGAUUCUCACCAACCUCCGCCACCGCUCCGCCCUGCGCGCCUCGCUCCGGGACCGCGACGAAGUGUCCCUGAAGCCGGUUCUGCAAUGGGUUCACAAGCAUAUUCGUGAACCUCGCCUGGUCGAUCUCAGUGUGGAGAUUGCCAUGAACCUACUCGAUAUCUACUCGGGGAAUCUGGGUCAGUCGGCGCAGAUUGACAAGCUCAUUGAGCGAUUGCAUUUGCGGGUGCGCGACGAGGUUGAGAUGGCUCAGCAUGCAUACCAGACUAAAGGUAUGCUGGAUAUGCUGAAGGCCUGA